CCUCAGCCCGGAGCAGCAGACAACAUGGCAGCCGUCGGAAGGAAAGCCCUCCUCAGCAUCACCUCGCUGCGCCCUUUUGUGGCUGCCUCACAGGCCCGAGGUCUCCAUGGCGUUGCUCCUCUCACCUCGGCUAUUCAAGCCCCUGUGAGCAAGCCAGAGGGCAGGACCACAGCCACCUUGAUCCCUGGUGAUGGUGUGGGGCCUGAGCUGUGCCAGGUCGUCCUCGAUGUCUUCCAGAAUGCUGGCGUGCCGGUGGAUUUUGAGGAGCACUACCUUACUGAGCUUUAUGCCAGAAGGUCGGAGAGCCUUGAUGAUGUAGUGGAUAGCAUCAAGCGGAACCGCCUCUGCCUCAAGGGUAUUCUGGCCACCCCCGACCACAGCUCCGAUGGUGAGCUCAAGACUCUUAACAUGAAGCUCAGGGAUGAGUUGGACUUGUAUGCCAAUGUCGUUCACGUAAAGUCCCUUGAUGGCAUUAAUGUCCGGCAUAAGAACAUCGACAUGGUGGUUAUCCGUGAGCAGACUGAGGGCGAAUACUCGGCCCUGGAGCACGAGAGUGUUGCGGGAGUGGUCGAAUGUCUGAAGAUCAUGACCCGCCAGAAGUGUCGACGCAUUGCCAAGUUCGCCUUCGACUAUGCCACCAAGCACGGCCGCAAGAAGGUGACAGCAGUGCACAAGGCCAACAUCAUGAAGCUUGGUGACGGCCUCUUCCUGAAGCAGUGUGAGGAGGUGGCAGCCAUGUACCCAAACAUCGAGUUCUCCAACAUGAUUGUGGACAACUGCACCAUGCAGAUGGUUUCCAAUCCACACCAGUUCGACGUCCUGGUGCUGCCCAACCUCUACGGCAACAUCAUCGAUAACCUCGCAGCUGGUCUUGUGGGGGGAGCUGGAGUUGUGGCUGGAGCAUCGUAUUCUAGCGACUCUGUGGUGUUUGAGCCGGGUGCACGUCACACCUUCAGUGAGGCUGUAGGCAAGAAUGUCGCCAACCCAACGGCCAUGUUGCUUGCUUCGGCAAACAUGCUCAAUCACAUCAACUUGCAGUACUAUGGCGACAUGAUCAGGUCUUCCGUCGACCGUGUCAUUCGAGUUGGGAAGGUACGAACCAAGGACUUGGGAGGACACUCUACCACCUUUGACUUUUCUCAGGCCGUCAUUUCAAACUUGCGGAAUUGAGAGUUAAGAGUGGAGCCAGGUUGGUAAUUCAUCAUCAGACCUUCUUCGGUGUGCAAGAAAUCUCAAAUUUUAUAUAUGUGUAAAUCUAUUUAAAGUGUUCAUCCCUUGUAAGAAUGUUAUGCUGUAGGAUUUUGAAUUUUUAUAGCAAAUGCAAGGGAGAUCUCAGAAUGUCAUUGUUUAUCUCACAAGAGUAAUGUGUGGCAUACAGAGAUUAGUUUUUCUUUUUUUUUACUUGUAGAGAAAGACAUUACUCAAGACGAGUCGUUAAUUGUCUACCUAACUUACAAAGGAUUACGGUUAAUUAGCUGUGGUUAAUGAUACGUGUUUAUUUUCGAAUGCACUUCUUUGUUACUAUUGAAGGUUGCUGAUCUAUCUUUGUAUAUUAGACAUUAAUAGAGGGCAGUUUGUUGUUAAUAUAAUGUAGUGUUGAUGUUAUCAUUACAUUUUUAUUAUUGUUAUUUUUUUAUUAUUAUUAUCUUCAUCGUUAUCAUUAGCAUCAGUUGAUAAUUUGGAUAAUGGCUGGACCACGUGAAACACUAAUUUUAAAUCAAUCUAAAUGUUUUUUAUUUAUUUAUUUAUUUUUUAAUAAAGGAGCUGAUUUUACUGUUCAGGAUUUUGGUUGAACAUGUACUGUCUUAGAGAUAUGAUUAUCUAUAGAUUGUCAAGACAGUACGAGAAUGUGAAUGUCCUGCAUUUACAAAAAAAAUUGUUUUGUAUAUAUGAAAUCUCUUGUGUAAAUAAAUUACAAAUAUGGUUAAAUUAA